AUUACGUGAAACGUGCCGCAAGAAUGGAAUCGUUGACCUCGACUGUGCCAUCGAAUGGAACAACGCUCACCGGUUCCAAAGAGUGCAAAGUGUCAUUGAAAGUGAAAUGAAAAAGGAAUGCAGUGAUGGAAUUUUUAACAUACAUCGGUACAUUGAAGGCGUUAAAAAUGAUCGUGUUAUCAAAUAUGUUCCGCGGAGGUCAUCCUCAGCAAAAUUUAGGUAUGAAAGACGUGAACAAUACCGAAGAAAAAAGUGAAAGUAAUAAAAUUUCCAAACUAGUAACACAGAGUUCUUUGAGACUCAAACCACGAACUAAUAGACAACAUAAAACAGAUGUAAACAACGGUGAGAAACAAGAAAUGGAAGAAGUAACGAGGAGUGAAAGAGAGAAACGAUUGUCUACCAGCGUUGAUGCAAUAAUUACCAAAAGAGAUUUACAUCGUGAAGUGAUAUGUAGUGCCAAAGGUUUAUUAGAAACUAAUUUAGAUGAUUUAUUUAACGACGUUGAGAAACUGGAUGCUUGGGCUGGUGAACCAAAGAGUUUAGGAGCGAGUGAACCGACUUUAAGUUUUAGCGAUAAAAGAUCGAUACACAAGCGUGAAUCACUAGUGUCAGAAGAUGACACGGCAGAUGAUACAGCGACUGAUAGUGACUGUUUGGAUGAAGUGGUCCGUGAACAGAGAAAGUGCAUGGGUGCGCGUCGAUUGGGCCAUAUGCUGCGGAGAGUUAUUUCUAGAAAUGUGUUCCCGAAUGUUCCCGCGGCGCCGGGGAUGCCCUGCGCGGGCGAGGACCGGAGCAUAUACAGGAGAGGCGCGCGUCGGUGGCGGAAACUAUAUCGUGUCAAUGGCCACAUCUUCCAAGCUAAACGGUUUAAUAGACGUGCGUUCUGCGCGUUCUGCCAGGACCGUAUCUGGGGCCUGGGUCGUCAGGGCUUCAAGUGUAUCCAGUGCAAGCUGCUCGUGCACAAGAAGUGCCACAAGCUGGUGCAGAAGCCCUGUUCCAAUGAACAUGUCGACCCUGUUGAAGUCAAAGAGGAUGCCAACGGAGAGAGUACACUCGGCAGAGCGUCUUCUGUUCGAUCGCGCGCGGAGCCCGAGCCGCUACCGGAGACCCCGCCCGCGCCUCCUGCACCAGUGCGCGCUGAGGACCUGGAGCCCGGCUCACAGCGACACUACUCGCUUGAAGACUUUGAGCUUAUCAGGGUCAUCGGACGCGGCUCCUACGCUAAGGUGCUAAUGGUGGAACUGAAGCGUACGAAGCGAGUGUACGCGAUGAAGGUGAUAAAGAAGGCUCUGGUGACCGAUGACGAGGACAUCGACUGGGUGCAGACGGAGAAGCACGUGUUCGAAACCGCCUCCAACCAUCCCUUCCUCGUGGGCCUGCACUCCUGCUUCCAGACACCCAGCAGACUGUUCUUCGUUAUCGAAUUCGUGCGCGGCGGAGACCUUAUGUUCCACAUGCAGCGUCAGCGGCGACUGCCGGAGGAGCACGCGCGCUUCUACGCUGCAGAGAUCUCACUCGCGCUGCACUUCCUGCACGAGCGCGGCGUCAUCUACCGCGACCUCAAGCUGGACAAUGUGUUGCUGGAUCACGAGGGACACAUCAAGCUCACUGACUAUGGCAUGUGUAAGGAGGGCGUGCGUCCAGGUGACACGACGUCCACAUUCUGCGGUACACCCAACUACAUAGCGCCGGAGAUCCUGCGCGGCGAGGAGUACGGCUUCUCAGUGGACUGGUGGGCGCUCGGCGUCCUCACCUACGAGAUGUUGGCAGGACGAUCUCCCUUCGACAUCGCGCAGGCUGCUGACAACCCUGACCAGAACACUGAGGACUAUCUCUUCCAGGUGAUCCUGGAGAAGACGAUCCGUAUCCCGCGCUCAUUGUCUGUGAAGGCGGCCUCGGUGCUGAAGGGCUUCCUCAACAAGAACCCGGCGGAGAGGCUCGGCUGUGGCGAGGGAGCAUUCCUAGACAUCGUCAACCAUCCCUUCUUCAAGAGCAUCGAGUGGGAGAUGUUGGAGCAGAAGCAAGUUGUGCCGCCGUUCAAGCCGCGGCUGGAGGGAGAGCGCGACCUCGCCAACUUCCCCCCAGAGUUCACUGACGAGCCUGUGCACCUCACGCCUGAUGACGACACCGUGAUAGCGGACAUCGACCAGUCGGAGUUCGAGGGCUUCGAGUACGUGAACCCUCUGCUGAUGUCUCUGGAGGACUGCGUGUGACAGCACGCCUGCCGCCUGCACCCCUACCACCCCGCGCAGGCUUAUGGAUACGGCGCGGAGUCGUCGUCUUCAGACUACGACUCUGUGUGCUCCGAGCUGCCGGCGCGCAAGCCCACGCUGCUGCAGCACAUGUUCUGCCUGCCGCUCAACUGACGCCGCCCGCGCACGCGCACACACCCGCACACACACACACACGCACAUGACACCUGUCAUGAGACCUCACUGUGACACCUGUCACGUGUGACAAGUGACACGCCCUCGGAUACACCCCAGUACUGCGAUACCUCUCUGUGAAUUGUCAAAUUUGUUCGGUUUUUAUUUGAAUAAAUUUGGGUUUUGUUGGAUGUUACUUUAAAUAUUUGUGGGAUAUUUAUAUCAAUUUUUAAGUUAUGUGUCAGAUUUAAUUCUAUUCGAACUACAUACGCAUAUAUACGCAUAUAUAUGUAUGCGUUAUAAACCAACGUUUUCGGCAUUGUUUUGUAGAUGUAAAGUUAAAAAUGGCGUAAUACGACACAGUUCACGAUUAAACCUUUUUAUAGUAACUCAAAAGAAAAUUAAAAUGUAGUAAAGCUAUCUUAUAAAAACUGAUGAAAAAUUGAUAUUUUGGGGGGCCAGGGUAUGUCACAAUGACAGCUGUCAAAUUAACCCGCGAAAAAGCUGAGUGUUUUUAAAUAUGUUUAGCCACAGAUUAUAAAAUUGCUAGAAGCCAAACAGAAUCACUGUCGAGUGUGUGAGCAACAUUAAAGUGCGCAAAAGUGAAUUAUUUUGAUUGUUAUUGUGAAAUUUGAUUGUUCUUCUUUUAAAUACUAGUAUCGUUGUAGACAAUUGACUUGAAGGAUUUAACACUUUCUUUUUUAAUCUAUGGUAAAUGUCAUUUUUGACGUUUGGUAACAUUUUAAUGUUUGAUUAUAAUUAAAAACGAUUAAUAGGAAUAUAUUGCGUUGAGAGAAACUUGAUUUAGACACUGCAAUAAUUUAUAAUACCAAUAUUUCUAAUUGAAAACCAUAUUUACUGUUUUUUUACUAUAAUUUCGUCCUCUCUUAAUAAGUCUGUGUGAGUUGUAUGCAAAGUGCGCGAUGGACAUUAUAAAUAUAU